GUUACGUCGUGAAGUUGGGCAUGUACUUUUGACCAUUGCGAAAUUGCACAUAAUUUCAAUAAACUUGAACAAAAUACAUCUUUUGUUGAACCUUAUGACAAAAUGGCCAUCGAUAUCCAAAGCAUAAUUCCUUACCUAAAGCGAGACCCCCUAUACCACCAGUUCAAGCCAUUCAGUGCAAGCUUUCGUGUCGAAAGUGUUACCGAAGAACAGUCCUCCAACCACAUGUUUGAAUACGUGCCAGUAACUGUCCAUGACGUCCGAGGCCUCGAAAAGCCAAUGGACCUGGACGUUAAUGGCUUCUGCUACAUGAAACAGAAGACAUCUGUGACGUCCGAAAUGGCCAACACCAUUGCAACUUAUCAAGAGCUAUACUUCGAGGAAAUAGAGGACUUUUUAUACAACAACUUCCCGCAAUAUUCUCGUUUUGAGUGCAUGGAUUUGCAGGUCCGGAGGAGGCACCCCGACUUCCCAAAUAGCGUGGGAAAGAGAGUAGAAUUUGAUCAACCUGCCGGGCUCCCUCACUGUGAUUUCUCACCGGGAGGUGCUGUCAUUCAGAUGAGCGAGGCCUUUCCAGGUCAAGACAAGCAUUGGAAAGGAAAAGAUUUUGACCUGCUGAAUAUUUGGCGUGUAUUGAAAGGGCCAAACGAUGACUGGCCCCUUGCGGUUUGCCAUUGUAAAAGUGUGGAUACCAAGAAGGACUGCGCAACAAACGAUGCGUUGUAUCUCGACGGCUUUGGAGAGAACUGGCUUAUGCAAGCAAGUCCAAAUCAUCGAUGGUACUAUAUGAGCGGGCAACAACCCGAAGACCUGAUCGUUUUUCGGAAUACGGAUUCGUUCGGCGAGAGGACUCGAUGUUUCCACAUGGCGAUCAAGAAUUCGUUGACUGUAUGCGAGCCUAGAGAGAGCAUUGAAGUUAGAGUCGUGGCAUUCAGGGAUGUCAUGUAGCCUUAGGAUCUUUUAGGAUCAUCGAUAGCGAGACAAUUUGAAGGAUUCUUUAUUGUCACUGGAAAACAGCAGUACUUCGCAGCUGAUAUGAAGAGCGUGAUAAAGAUCUGAAUCGAUG